AUGGAAGGUGGACUUGCUCUUGCGUUUGCCAAUGGUGUGAUUGGAAAGCUUGGCGAGGUCGCGGCAGAGAAAGCAUUGAAUGAGGCAUCUCUGCUAGUCAACUUCAAAACUGACUUUAAAUGGUUGGAGAAGGAGCUCAGCCAGUUGUUUACUUCUCUACAAGCUGCAGAUCAGCUAACUGGGCACAAUGAGCCUGUGAAAAAAUGGCUGGCGGAGGUGAGGAACAUUUGUUUUGAUGCAGAAGAUAUAGUUGACGAGUGUUCCGUUGAGCAUUUGUAUACAAAUACCAGUCAAUCAUGUGUGUGCAGUUGUAGUCAACUAGUCUUUCAGUAUAAGAUGGGGAAGAGGAUUAAAGAGCUCAAAGAUAGGAUUAGCUCUACCAUUGAAGAGGCACAGCGGCUCAAGCUUUUCCAUGAUGUGGCCCAUUUAAGUCGGCCCUCAACUAGUACAUCCACAAUAGGAGGAGAAGAGUUGAGAAGAUGGGAUAUCUUCGAGACAAAUUCACCAGCAGUGGCUAUUGACCACAAGGUCGAUGAAAUUCUCACAUUGUUAGAUAACCCUGCCAUUGGAGUUGUUGCCGUCGUAGGAAUGGGCGGGCUGGGAAAAACAUUCCUUCUGCACCAUGUCUACGACAGAACAAAGCAUAGGUAUGACUGUUCUGCCUGGAUUACUGUUUCACAGACUUGUUCUAAUCUUAGAAGCUUGCAAUGUGACCUAGCCUACCAAAUUAAUUUACAACUAGAAAGUGGUAUAACUGAUAGGCUAGUAGCUCAGUUGAUACAUGACAAAUUAGAGGGUAAAAGAUGUUUAAUUGUUCUUGAUGACGUGUGGACUAGCGUACAAGAUAAUUUGGUAUCAGGGCUUGGGCUUCCCUCUGCCAGCAAUUGGCAAUGUAAAAUAGUAGUUACCACCAGAAGUAGAGAUGUUGUACAAAAUAUGAGUGCGCACAUCUAUGAGAUGCAACACCUCUCAAAGGGUGAAAGUUGGGAUCUGUUUUGUUUAUAUGCCUUCCCAGAUCCUGAAAGAAAUAGGCCGUCUAAGCAGCUGGAGAGGUUGGCUCGUCAAGUUGCAGAAGAAUGUGGGAGGUUGUAA